AUGAUCAGGAAUGUUUCCUUAGGCAUAGUCAGUGGCGGCGUGGGGGGCCCCGGGGCCAAGAGCGCCGCGCAGGCCAACGCCGCCGCGGCCGGCAAGCAGCUGCGCAAGGAGUCGCAGAAGGACCGCAAGAACCCGCUGCCGCCCAGCGCCGGCGCCGGCGGCGUGGGGGACAAGAAGGAGGACGCGCAGCCGCCCGUGGCGCUCAAGAAGGAAGGAAUAAGACGUGUUGGAAGAAGACCUGAUCAACAACUUCAGGGUGAAGGGAAAAUAAAUGAUAGGAGACCAGAAAGGCGAACACCUCGUGAACGAAGAUUUGAAAAACCACUUGAAGAAAAGGGUGAAGGCGGAGAAUUUUCAGUUGAUCGACCGAUUAUUGACCGGCCUAUCCGAGGCCGUGGUGGUCUUGGAAGAGGUCGAGGAGGCUGUGGACGUGGAAUGGGACGAGGAGAUGGAUUUGAUUCUCGUGGCAAACGUGAAUUUGAUAGGCAUAGUGGAAGUGAUAGAUCUGGCCUGAAGCAUGAGGACAAACGUGGUGGCAGCGGAUCUCACAACUGGGGAACUGUCAAAGAUGAAUUAACUGACUUGGAUCAAUCAAAUGUGACUGAGGAAACAACUGAAGGUGAAGAACACCCAGUGGCUGACACAGAAAAUAAGGAGAACGAAGUUGAAGAAGUAAAAGAAGAGGGUCCAAAAGAGAUGACUUUGGAUGAGUGGAAGGCAAUUCAAAAUAAGGACCGUGCAAAAGUAGAAUUUAAUAUUCGAAAACCAAAUGAAGGCGCUGAUGGGCAGUGGAAGAAGGGAUUUGUUCUUCAUAAGUCAAAGAGUGAAGAGGCUCAUGCUGAAGAUUCGGUUAUGGACCAUCAUUUCCGGAAGCCAGCAAAUGAUAUAACGUCUCAGCUGGAGAUUAAUUUUGGAGACCUUGGCCGCCCAGGACGUGGUGGCAGGGGAGGACGAGGUGGCCGUGGGCGUGGUGGACGUCCAAAUCGUGGCAGCAGAACUGACAAGUCAAAUGCUUCUGCUCCUGAUGUAGAUGACCCAGAGGCAUUCCCAGCUCUGGCUUAACUGGAUGCCAUAAGACAACCCUGGUUCCUUUGUGGACCCUCCUGUUUGAGGUUUUUGCAUGCUUAAGGAUCCCAAACGACUAAGAAAUUAAAAAAAAAAAAAAAAAGACUGUCAUUCAUACCAUUCACACCUAAAGACUGAAUUUUAUCUGUUUUGAAAAUGAACUUCUCUUGCUACACAGAAGUAACAAUAUGGUAGUCAGUUUUGUAUUUAGAAAUGUAUUGGUAGCAGGGAUGUUUUCAUAAUUUUCAGAGAUUAUGCAUUCUUCAUGAAUACUUUUGUAUUGCUGCUUGCAAAUAUGCAUUUCCAAACUUGAAAUAUAGGUGUGAACAGUGUGUAUCAGUUUAAAGCUUUCCCUUCAUUUGUGUUUUCUAAUUCAGAAUUUAGAUGUUCUCCCAAUUACAAACUGGUUUUAAAUAUUGGACAUAGUAUCCGUUUUAAUACCUGCUUUGCAUUUUCACACGUGGUCAGUGGGACAUGUAAACAUGGAUUUGUCAGAUUUUAAGCUGUGUGAAAUACUAACAAUAUGUAUUUUAA